UAAAAGUAAUUAAACUUUACUAUUUAUUUUUUAUUUUUAAUUAAGUAAUUUAUAGCUACACAAAUAUUUGUGGAGUGUUUUAGAUUGUAAAUCUCAACAAAAAAAAUCUUAAAUUUUGCAUCAAGGACUGAAUUAAUUGAAUUUUGAAAAUCUUUAAGUAAGAUUUCUUAUUCCGGAUUUUCAAUUAUGAAUUUAAUAUUAUUCUCUCAAGUUUGAUUAGACAUAAAGUAUAAUUCAAAAUUUAAACACCAUGAUGUAAAGAGAGGAAAAAAAAAGGAAGAAGAAGGAAAUGGCAAGUUAUGGAGGGACAACACAGAAGUGUAAAGCUUGUGAGAAAACAGUGUACUUGGUGGAUCAACUUGCUGCUGACAAUAAGGUUUAUCAUAAAGCUUGUUUCAGAUGCCACCAUUGUAAGGGUACUCUCAAGCUGAGUAAUUAUAACUCCUUCGAAGGAGUUUUGUACUGCCGGCCUCACUUUGAUCAGCUAUUCAAAAUGACAGGAAGUCUGGAUAAGAGCUUUGAAGGGGCUCCAAAAAUAGUCCGGGAACGUUCUGUUGAUCAGGGAUCAAAAAGUAAGGUUUCAAGUUUGUUUGGCGGAACUCAAGAUAAAUGUGUUGCUUGCAAGAAAACUGUUUACCCCCUGGAAAAGGUAGCAGUGGAUGGCACUUCAUACCACAGGGCUUGUUUCAAAUGCAGCCACGGGGGUUGCACGAUCAGUCCAUCAAACUAUGUAGCUCAUGAGCAUAAGUUGUACUGUAGGCACCAUCACAACCAACUCUUCAAGGAGAGAGGUAACUUCAGCCAAAUGGAAGAUCAUGAGAAAAACUGAAGGGGUGACUGAGAGCACAAUAGCAUGAGCAUUGCUGUGAACAUUUUCAUUUUGAGUUUGAGUUUGAAAUAUAAAGAGUAAUCGGCUUUCAGUCGAGAGUUGGACCAGUUUGUUGUUCUGGUUCGUGCAUACAAUUCAAGACCUUAUCACAUAUAUGAUAUAUCUCUAUAUAUGACAUCUUCAAAAGAAGAGUUUCCUUCA